AUGGUUUAUGAUAGAAUCCAUCUCACAAUUCUUAUUAUUCCUACUGGUCCAUUUUUUGGGUAUCGAAGUAUGCCAAAUGGAAUUAGUAUUUCUAAGAACAAAUCCAUUAGUACAUUACGUACUGAAAUUUGGAAUAACUACUUAACUGAAUAUGGAAAUGCUUCUUUUAAUCUUCGUGCGGUUGAUGUUGAACGUAGAGAAUAUGU